CGGGUGCCGCUGCCAUCUCAUAUUCCUCCGUGGUCUCAUACACCGUGCGUUCGUUGCAAGUUGAACAAAUCAAAAAAAAAAGCUCCGUCUUUUUACCACAAAAAAUAACCAGUCUAUAAUCCAGAGCAUCGAAAAUGAGGGAAAUCGUGCACAUCCAGGCCGGCCAGUGCGGUAACCAAAUUGGUGCUAAGUUUUGGGAAAUCAUCAGCGAUGAGCACGGAAUUGACCCGACUGGUGCAUACCAUGGAGACUCUGACCUCCAGCUGGAGAGGAUCAACGUGUACUACAAUGAGGCGUCAGGUGGUAAAUACGUGCCCCGAGCAAUUCUCGUUGACUUGGAGCCAGGUACCAUGGACUCGGUGCGUUCGGGUCCCUUCGGACAGAUCUUCAGACCGGACAACUUCGUAUUCGGCCAGUCAGGUGCUGGCAAUAACUGGGCAAAGGGCCACUACACCGAGGGUGCUGAGCUCGUUGACUCAGUUCUCGAUGUCGUGAGGAAGGAGGCCGAGAGCUGUGACUGCCUCCAGGGCUUCCAGCUGACCCACUCCCUGGGUGGUGGUACUGGAUCAGGUAUGGGUACACUCCUCAUCUCGAAGAUCCGUGAGGAAUACCCAGACAGAAUAAUGAACACAUACUCGGUGGUACCAUCACCCAAGGUAUCAGACACUGUUGUGGAGCCUUACAACGCCACCCUGUCUGUUCACCAGCUUGUGGAGAACACCGAUGAGACUUACUGCAUUGACAACGAGGCCCUCUACGACAUCUGCUUCCGCACCCUCAAGCUAUCGACCCCAACCUAUGGUGAUUUGAAUCAUCUCGUAUCCCUCACCAUGUCUGGUGUUACAACUUGCCUGAGGUUCCCUGGUCAGCUCAAUGCUGAUCUCAGGAAAUUGGCUGUCAACAUGGUACCAUUCCCACGUCUUCACUUCUUCAUGCCUGGUUUUGCACCACUCACGUCACGCGGCAGCCAGCAGUACAGAGCCCUCUCUGUUCCUGAAUUGACGCAGCAGAUGUUUGAUGCAAAGAACAUGAUGGCUGCCUGUGAUCCACGACACGGUAGAUAUCUCACUGUUGCUGCUAUAUUCCGGGGAAGAAUGUCCAUGAAGGAAGUUGACGAGCAGAUGCUCAACAUUCAGAACAAGAACAGCUCGUACUUCGUUGAAUGGAUUCCAAAUAACGUUAAGACUGCUGUCUGUGACAUUCCACCACGUGGACUCAAGAUGUCAGCUACAUUCAUUGGCAAUUCAACGGCCAUUCAGGAAUUGUUCAAACGUAUAUCUGAACAGUUCACAGCUAUGUUCAGGAGAAAGGCUUUCUUGCAUUGGUACACCGGCGAGGGAAUGGACGAGAUGGAGUUCACUGAGGCUGAAUCUAACAUGAAUGAUCUUGUUUCUGAGUAUCAGCAGUACCAGGAGGCAACUGCCGAUGAGGAUGCUGAGUUCGACGAGGAGCAGGAGGGCGAAGUUGACGAGAACUAAAUUUAAUCCCUCUAUUCCGCAAUUGAAUGAACGCACGUGUAUAAUUUUAUUUCUCAUCAUUUUGUUUUUUUUUCUCCUUUUUUUUACGAAGACAGAAUUUUUUUCACGACCAAGCCUGAAUCAAGGCUGCCCGCGCAUUAUUAUUAGUUUCUAUUAUUAAUUCCAUCUUGAUACGUCGCUCGCUUUCAGUAUCUUUGUAUUAAAUGAGAGUUAAGGUAUGGAAUUGUUCUUUUUUUCGUCACGAGAGCUUCGGGGGUGAGCAGUUGAGCCGUGAUUUAUUUCUGCAGUGUAAAACCCCACGGGGUUGCCAGAACAUCAAUUUUUAUUAAAUUAUUGUCGAAAUAAAGAAGAUACAAUUACACUUUA